AUGCGGGCAAAUUUUGGAGAUAUCUACGUAUUUUGUCCUCCGCCUUUUAACACUUUCGAACUGAAUAAUUCAGGGUAUGACUGUUAGUGUGUAAUACUACUUAACGUCACUAAUUUUUAGGUACUAUGUAGUUGUCCGCCUUCUUUACAAACAUAUAAUUCUUCUGGAAGCCAUGUCCUGGCUGAGCACUCUUGGCGGCGGAUUUUCGUGUCUUGGCGACAGAUUUGAGGAUGCUGUAUGUUUUUAUGUCUUUUGGUUUUCUCCAAAAAAUUCUCAUUUUAAAUGUCCACUUCGGUUGCCACAGCGGUUCGACAGUUUUUAGCAACCUAACUCUGGGCGCAUUUACACUAGCCUUACCAUAAUAACACCGCAGUGAGGUUGCUUUAUUUAACGCGAUGAUGUGUUUUUCGUAAAUGUCCCGACGAAGCAGGUGAAUUUUCUGCCAUCUAACACUCCCUACGACCCUGCCUUUCGGGUCCAUGUCUCCAGGCAAACCAUUGAUGUACUUAGUCAUAUUUUCACGCCGAAUUGAGCCACAUGCUCAUAAGGCUCUUGCGAAGGCCAGCGAUCAUUGCAUCUUUGUCGUUUCCGGUUAUCAGUGGUGUCAUUCCGAAAUUUCUAAAAUUUACACACCCUCCAUAAAUUUUAACAGUUUUUGUUCCUAAACCACUCUUCCUGACUUUUAUUACUGCCAUCAGUGGCGUAGGUUUCUAAUUAUUUCACUUCAUAUUUCUCACCUUCAUUAUUCUGUCACCACGUCUUUUUAGCGCGUUUGUUGAACCGGUUCUCGUUUUCUAUCUUUGCGACGAAACUCAUGGAGUAAAUCGUUUUUAUUCAUCGGUAACGACUGUAUUCAUCCAGUUCCUGGCAUACCCAUGUUGUUUGCCGACCCGCACAAAGUAUGUGUAACCCCAAUUAGCCUGAAAUGCAUUUAGUUAGGUCGGAUUGGUCUGCAUCGGCACAUUUUCAGUUCAUAAAAAUAAAAGUUUGGGUGCACUAUUGCGAGCGGCUACUUCUCAACCCGGGCGUCCGACAAGACUGCGUGUCCUCAGCGGUCCUGAUUGCUUGUCUAACAGAUGGGACUGUCUGCGACGCUCAAAACCGUAAGCGCAACUUGGCAGGCCAAUAAUUCGCCCCCAUUCAAUUCAAUUAACUUAAGUUUAGUGAGCGACAUGGGCGUGAGCCUUUUAGUGCUCUAUUUGUAACGUAAAAUUGGGUGCGGUGUACAGGCAAGCCAUGUAAGCUGAAAUAGUUCAAAUAGACCCAUAGUAGUAUGAAAAAAAUGUGAUCUUGUAUGUGCCGAGGAUAUCAUCCUCCUUUGGAGUGCCUCGGAGGAACCUAAUUUGGCGUUGGCUUCAUAGUACUUGGCCCCGGAAAAUUGGGCCUACGCCUAGACGCUGGGGAUACCAUAGUAUCGCUCAACAGCUUCACAACUCAUGGUAUGUUUCCCUUGCCGGUGACGGGAGCUUUGAUGCGAUCGACAGUUAUUUUUACUUCGGUUCUUCUGUUCUGCCAACAGUAAAUUUAAGGAGGGAAUAAAUGACCACAUUCAGUUACUGCAUAUCAUUUUAUGGCAGUUUUAGGACGCAUGUACUUGCGCAGUAAGAGCUAACGGAGCAUGAGGGUAUGCUGCCCGAUUCCGCUGUAGAAGUUGUCCUGUUCCACGGCUGCGAACCUUGGUAUCCGCGCUUUUUUGACUUGAAAAGAACCAAAGCAGGACAUUUCGGUCGACCUCAGCCCGGGACACCCGCUGGUGAUGCAAAAUGUCAUCUCCCCUGAUGACUUGGUCGCUCCGACUCUAGAGGAACUCUCUUUCGAUAUCAUCUUUCGGUGAAUAAAUGUCCGAUUUGGUGACACUGCCUUUAUAAAUGGCAGUAAAUGUGUUUGAGUUCAGGUCGAGAGCAGUUGUGUCCGAUAGUCUUAGGUUUCCGGGUCUGGAACGUCAGCUGGGGAUCAAUUGUUAAGAGUUUGGCGUGCGAUCGCAGAGCAUGGAUCAUACUGGUUCGUGGUACUGGCUUUGCAGCCGACGAAAACGGCUUUGUGGAUAGCCGGUACAAAUAAAGUGGUAAAUCGGGACAACAAUCCCUCUUAAAGCUUAACUUUAGCAUCCUUUUAUAUUUCAAAUUUUCCGGCGGCAACUGGGGACUUGAAGUAGUUGACGAACUGACCCCGGAGCUGGUCGUCUUCCUGUCUAGACCCGCGGAGGCUCUGGCCUUUUCUUCAUUGACCUUUCGCGGUCGGAAAUAUGUAUAAUGUGGACUAUUUUACCGUCAUAUAAUGAACUUCAUGCCCUUUCGACUAGCCAAGUUGUUUGACGGCUUCUGUCUGCCAGAACAUGUCCCAUGCAUGCCACCCGUCUACCACAGCAGGCCUUGUUCGCUGGAGGAUGAACAGAGGCAAUUAACUGAUCAGAGGAAUAACGGCAAUACAAGCCUGACUUUUUCGUAGAGCGUGAUAAGACGGAGUCCUCUAUCUGCAUGGAAACUCCCCGGCCUACAGUCUGCUAUCAUGAUCAGUGUCGACCAUGUUGCGCAUUCACCUCACAUUUUUAAACCUCUUCCCCCAUGAUCUGAGGAAGGCAGAGGCGUACGGCUGCCCCAUCUUGGACCCCAUAACCACGUCUUCAGACUACCCAUUUUAAUAAUACGCAGUUUACUUGUAGGCUGAAAUUGCUGGUGCCAUAUCUUUACGCCAGAUGCGCCUGGCCACUGCCAUGCAGAUUCCUUUCUUUCAAGCUCGAUGCAGGCUAUUCUUCGCCCAGAGUAUGAUGCAACGUGGACAACUCAAACCGUCCGCAGAUAUUAUCCGGCAAGCUCUGUUAUUUCUUCUCUGUUUGGUAUGAUGACUCAUCGAUUUUCCGUCCUAUUGUUUUUUACUCCAAACGCAUCUGAUCCUUCAAUAUGACGUGUCCAGAAGCCAUGUCCAUAAAUGAACACAAAUAUCUAGUACACGCCUUUGAUUUUCUGUCUCUUAAGUAAGACUCGAGACAUUCAACAGACACGGUCGACGUCCUAAUUCGUGGCGGGCGCUACGCGAAAUCUCAAUCACACCAUCCCUGAACUGACAAGCAUUUUCGACCGUUUUUUGGGUUUCGUUUUGCAAGCUUGCUUAGCAACCAUUCAUUCGCCUUCGUUAUAAUCACCAAAGACUAGGCUAGUAUCUUUUUGUUGGUGAGUACCUUACUCUGGAUUAAUGGUAAAGAACUGUCACAUAUGGUUCUUAAAAUGAAGAAGAGGAACUAACUGGUUGUCUGGACUGUAGGUUUACUCCGCCAAUCAAGGACAACAAGCAUCAACAUACCUACUGUCUUAGGACAACUUUAUUCGUCUAUUCCACGGGCUUCUCACGUCGAUUUAUUUAUUUGUUCUCUACAUUCCUGUUUUUAUUAUGACCACUGACCCAAUUAUUCAUUUUAACUCAGAUAUUAUCGUUUCGUAGGUCUGUAUACAAGUUUGCCAAGGAAGCCCCCUUCUAUGAUAAUCCUCCUGAGCUCCACCUCGACCUUAUGUGUCGUGGCCUUUGGACUAGGCUGGUUUACCUCUGGAAUUCGAAGCGCUACGAAAGGAAACAGCAGCUUAACUUGACCGACACAGACAAAGGAGUCCUCCUGAAAGAUUCUCAACCAAACGGAUCGGGCUAUUCUGAAAGCUCAGCAAUACGUCUUUUCCCCAAUAUUUCAAAAAUUUUAGACACUUUGUAG